GUUAUUUGCGUUGCAAGGGAUGGACGUCAAUUUAGUUUACAAACUUGUUUAAAUUUUAUAAUUUUAGUUCGAUGUAAAAAUGUAAAUUAAAUAGUGUGUAGAUAGAAAUUAUUCUGUUACCUUUAGUGUAGUGAUUGUGUAUAAAAUGAAAGUGGUGGAAGCAAAAAUUGUUGUUUUAGGAUCGCAAGGUGUAGGCAAGACAAGCCUGGUAGUGAGGUAUAUAGGCAAGAUGUUCUCAAAACACAUAUCUCCAACUAUAGGCGCCUCUUUCUUCACUUGUAACAUCAAUGUGGACGAUGCUAGAGUUAAAUUACAGGUUUGGGACACAGCCGGCCAAGAGAGAUUCCGUUCCAUGGCGCCGAUGUACUACAGGAAUGCCAAUGCAGCACUAUUGGUGUAUGAUAUAACCAGCGCUGGCAGUUUUGCAGCUAUCAAGGGAUGGGUGAAGGAAUUGCAGAGCAACGUGCCAGAAGCAAUGGUACUAGCGCUAGUGGGCAACAAGUGCGACCUGGACGCGUGUCGCGCCGUGUCGCGCGGCGAGGCGAGCGCGUACGCGGCCGACAUCGGCGCGCAGUACUGUGAAACAUCCGCUUUGCAUGAUCAGGGCAUUGAUCAAGUGUUUCUAAAUACGGCGACAUCGCUAUUGCAAUUAUCGGCUACAAGUUUGGUUUCAUCUCUACGGUCUUAUGAUUCCGUGGACGGGGAAGAGAGAUUACCUUUUGGUAACCCCACAGAAGAGACGGCAACACACACGGGCAAAGUGGAGUUGCCAGCAUGGAACGACGACAGGGUUGCCCACGGAGAAAUGCAGAAAACUAUGUGUUGCUAGCAUUAAAUAAUUUUAAAGACAAUUUGUUGAACGUAUUGGGAAAAUGUAUUUUUGCCUGUGUAUUACAUUCCGUAAAAUAUGUAUUUUUGUAUACUAUUGUUGA